AUGACUAUCUUGGAGGCCACAAGUAUAUUAUUCAACUAUCCAACUGUGGCCAUUACUACUUCAACCGCCAACAAAGUGGCAGUAAUCAGGAAUGUGAAAGCCAUGAUGUCAGACUACCUGACUUUGCGUUAUAGAGAUAUGACCAUUUGGACAUCGGCCAACACCAUAGCCGGCAUGUAUGGCCACUUGUCGCAUUAUCGUGAGACUCCGGCGUUUUUCCUUCAUAACGUUGAUAUGCAGCAAGAGUUCAAUUAUGUCCAGCUUGGUCGUGACGCCAGACGAAUGCUGGCCACCCCCAAUGCAGGAGGUACCAGUAUCUUGAGUGAAGUCAUGUCAAUGGAGCUUAUGCAACGACUCCUUGGAGCCAAGAUGUCCAAGACCGAAAUGGAAUUGGUCUACUCCACCUCUAAUACCCCCAUCACUGAUUAUUCUUGUAUUAUACCCGCUAUGAAUGGUCAACCCGCUAAGCGGAUUGCCGUUUCUGUCACACGAGCCAUGGCCUAUCAACGAAAAUUCAGACCCGAGGAUGCGAAACGCUUAUUAACGAAAAAACUACGUGGUGUUUUCUACUCGAACCAGACCUUGGCCAAUGAGCCCAUUGAGAGACAGAUUUUGCAUAUUUGGACUCCAUCAGGAGCAGCGGCCAACAUUGUACGAAAGCUAUGGUACAAGAUGCCACGAGAGCUAUUGUGUAAUACCGUUGUUUUGGUUUCUAUUGUAAAUUCUCAUUGGAUUUUCGAUAAUCGCAUCCAGUGA